CAUCAUCCGUAGCCAACUUCACAGUACAUCAUAGUAUGUUUAUGCAAAAAUCUGUUUGACAAUUUGUGAAUAUCUCUGUUUUUAUUCAACAAAAACAAUCGUUUUGUGUGAAAAAAAAUCCACUUGUGUAUGGUGUCGUCAUACUAAAAUGGCCGCAGUCCAGUGAAUGUUUCGUUUUAAAGGUACUGUUGCAUUUUUAGUGUAAAAAGAAUUAGCAACAAAACAAACAACACAUACGGUUAAUAAUUAGUGCAUUAUGAUUCAUUUUAUUGGUAGAUAUCAUUCUUUGUUUCAAUCUUUUCCCGACUCAACAACAAGACUUUCAACCUUUCGUCUUUCGUCACCGGCGAAUCCAGCUGAUGACAAAACAAACGUCUUAUUUUCGUGUAUUCAGUGUAACUACAUGUAAAUUCAAGAGUAAUUUUUGCUAUUUAAACGAAAUCAAAUGAUUGAAUUAGUGAAUAAUUUUGUUUCGGAAAAUUUGAUGAAAGUUUUUGAUAAAUUUAUAAAUUUUUCUAAAGCAUGAGAAAAGCAACAACAUCAGUGCGCAGUUAGGUCGGAACAAAGCCUUCUCGCGAUCAGCCAAUGGGAUUAAGUAGGUCAGAGUACAGCCAAUCGGAGGUUUGUUGUUAUCAUCAGCUGGCGGGUAGCCGGCCGGCGCAGCUCCUCAGUACUGCUCGGUUCGGCCAGCUGUAAGGAUCUAUUUGAUUUUACGCGGCGGCAUUCUUGUCGUCACAGUUUACGGCCGACAUUACAACGCAUCAAUUUUCUGUAUUAUGCCCUCAGUAAACUUCAAGUAUCAAGUUAAUGACAAAAAAUUAUUUUGUUUUUAUGAAAAUGAUGAAGUGACGAAUAGCGCCGUAUUGCGCUUGCCGCGCAAACCUCCGCGUCCCUCCAGCAGACGCUCCUCCGGAAAACAAUGACCUAAAAGUAUUUGAAAAUUCGGGAUUCAAUUUUCCUCCACGCGAUUGAAUUUUUUGGUGACGUGUUCUUUUUUUUGAGUGUUUGACGAUAUUUUACGACAAUUGUGUUUUUGGUUGUUACGCGCUGAGUGUUUUUUCCGAGAAACGAUUUUUUGGCGUCAGAACUGUUGCUUUAACGCCACGAGUUUGUGUGUCGAGAGGUUUGGAUUAAAAAUUGCGCUGUUUUUACAAACAAUUGAUAAACAAAGUGUCGGGAGUUUUUUUCGUUGACAUUAUUUGAAAUUGUGAGUGAAAUUUUUGCAAAAAAAAAUUCUCUAAUGAAUCUGUCAAAAGUUUCUUAAGCAGAUAAUGUCGACCGGCAAAAGGUUAGCUAAACGUAGUAUUGUUGGGACAAAGGUGUGUGCACCCGGCGAAGAUGGAAUGUACUACAGUGGAUUUGUAUAUGCAGUGAAAUCGCCAUCUUCUAGUGCUUACGAAGCUGGACUUAGUCUUACAUCGAAAACGCGUUUUAUUGUGAAAUUCGAUCCAAUUUUAGGACAAGAGAAUCGUCCUAUGAAAGAAUAUUCGGAACGCGAAAUUAUUGGACCCGGCUUUAGUACAAUUACAAAAACAAAACUUGUUCGUGGGCAAAAGGUCUUUUUAACAUAUAACGGACGAGAAAUUCAAGCCGAAGUUACGGAACAUAAUUUCGAUACAGACGAAGUCCAUAUUCUCAUCGCUCCGACGGGACAUGAGGUGUCCAUGAGUAUAACGAAAAAAUUGGAUGAAGUGAGACUACUCGAAUCAAGGAAAAGCGCACGACUUGCUUAUUCGGAUACUGAUUUUGCCAGACUUGCUGACAUGGCCGGGGAUAGAAAACGAUCAUCUUCAAACUCUAUCGAUGUGCCAAAUGCCAAUGGGCCCGAGGAGACAAUGACAAGAACAAGGAAACAAAAACGCUGUACAUGUUGUAUCGAGCGCGAAGAGCCUCUUAAAAAUAAUGUGCCAAAAAAUGGCACUAAGAGGAAUCGAAAACGUAGAACUAGUUCCGGCAAUGAAUCUAAUGAUUGCGUUCCACAUCAUAAUUGCAAAGACGCUGGAAAUUGUCGCAUCGAUGCCAAUGGUAUUUGCAUGAACGAUACUGACGCAGCGAAAUUGCUCAUUUCAUUUUCAUUGGGCUCUGCAUCGCCCUGUGCACAUGGCCAAAAGCAACUACCGAUCGGUGAUCAAAAUUACGGUUCAUGGCGUGGACGUGAGGAUGGCGUCGUUGUCUCACCAGGAGUCGGUGGAACGUCCAACAGCAGCAGCAGCAGCGGUGCUUCCUGGAGAAGCGGGACUCCCAGUCCACCUUUGAGUGAUGAGGGUACUUCCGCUAAUAACGCCACCACCUGGUCCAAUCAAGUUCAUGCCUCACACAGUCCUAAGCCAGGAUCAACACCCGACGACGGUCUCCUCACUGACUUUUUCAUGUUGAAUGACCUCCAUCCCCGCAAGAAGAAGCGAACACAAGAACAUAAUGAUCAGAUCCAUCCAGCAAUGGCUUGGCAUUUGCAGGUCCGAUCAAAAUCCAAUCUUGUUGAGCAAAAUCCAAAUUCAGAAAUCAACGUCAGCGAUGAGGUACGUCCCUGGAAUAUUUUAUUGGAACAAUAUGGAAAGACAGAAACGAGAAGUGUCUUCAAAUGCUCAUGGCCUAGAUGUUUCGCAGUUCGCUCGACAAUCGAAAUGAUUGAGAAACACGUUCGCGAGAGUCAUUUGGGGCCAAGGAAGAAGGACGAAACUGAUCACGAAGAGGAAUUCUACUACCAGGAAAUUGAAAUGGACCUUGUCAGUUCACCUCCGACCAUGUCCCAUCGUGAUAUGGCAAGACCUCCACAUGAGGAUCCGGAAUACCUUAAACAAUUCCACGUAGAAGCUAUUCCAGCCAGCAUCUAUGCUGAAAAUGCUUUGCGUGGCGAUCGACCUAAUCCAUUUUCAAUUUCUUCUUCAUCUUCUACAAAACAUCUAAAAUUAUCAUCGAGGUCCUUCCACAAUUUGCAGCACAACGUAGGCCUUCUGACCCUUACCACCGACAAAUUGACAGCAUCACCACGAAGAAAUCGUGGCGAAACGAAAAAGUGCCGAAAAGUUUACGGUAUGGAUCAGAGGCUCCUAUGGUGUACGCAAUGCCGAUGGAAGAAGGCGUGCACCCGUUUUAACGACUGAAUUGUGCUCAUCGAUGGAUAUCGAUGUCGCCGAAGGCGGGGGUGUCUUCUCUCGCCGAAUUAACCUCAGGGUUUGCCAGUGCUAAUUCAACUUCUUCUUCUACUUCUACUUUCUUAAAUUAUCAACCGUCACAAUCACAACUACCACCUGCCAACUGUCAGUCAUCGUUUCCAAUUAUCAAAAAAAAAAAAAAAAAGAUUCAUUGUCUCAUCAUUGUCCACCUCAUUUCCAUCGAAUCCAUACAUCAAUCGACGGUCGUCAAGUCACUCCCGCAAUAAAUUAUUAGCAAAUGAAUUUCGAUGGAAACGUCAAUCCCAUGACGGAUGACGGACAGUUGAAGAGUCAAGAAAACUGACUAUUUAAUUAAAAAAAUAUAUUCUCGGGUAGGUCUACAACUCGAGAUUCGAAAUAGUUAAAGUAUAUAAAAAAAAACCAAUCUAGAUAAACCCGAGGACCGUGAAAAAAAAGCGAUCGCAGGUCGAGGAGUUUAUCAAUUUUGGCACUUGGCAAACCACAAACGGGGGUUAUUUUAUUUAUUUUAUUUUUUUUUCUCGUUUUGUUUUGUAAAAGAUAAGAAGAUAGAUAGUAAAUAUUGUUGAACGAGAACCGGCGUUUAUGGACUGGAGCGUUCUAAUCGAGCGCGUUGCGCAAUCGUCCGGCUGUCGUUCAAAAAAAAAACCAUGAGUGUCGACUUGUUGCAGCAGGUCUCCCCGAGAGAGGAUAAAACGGAGUUUUCUGGUUUUCGAGAGGCUUUAUGCGCAAGCAAUUGACAAAAAAAAAUAGAUAAGAAUUGAAACCAGGAAAGAAAGAAAAAAUUCCGUUCGAUUCUCAGUUUCAAAAAAAAAAAAAAAAAAAAGUGUGUGUGACCUGCCGCAUCUGAAGCGAUCAAAAAAGAAAACAAUUCGGUACGUAAUGGUACGCACUCACGAGUUUAAUUCUUUGCUCGCUCUGGCCCGAUCAUCAAAAAGUGAGUGAAAAUUGACGAACUCGGAAAGCGGAUCGAAUCGGUUGCCAAGCGAUGCAACUUUAGAAUUAUUAAAGGGAAUACAUAGCAAAUUGUGAUAUUUUCUCUAAAUCAAUUGGAUCCCGAGGGUCGAAAAGAAAAAAAAAAUAAUGGCGGUUCGUUGAAAAUUUGACGACAAAGUGGUUUUUAGAAGAAGAGAACAAAAUUUUAUACACCAAUUCUAUACUGCCAGACAAAUAAUUAAAAAAAAAAAAAGAUCGUUGUUCGAGUUUCGUAAGUACCCGUACCUUCGAAAAAAAACUAUAUUACUUGUAAAUAUAAUAAAUGUGCGCGUAGGGCCCAGCGUUGAUAGUCUUGGUAUCUUAUCCGCUAAAGAAAAAGCGACUCGUAGAUCAUGGAACGCGAGUAAAAAUGCUGUGCAGUCGAAUCGAUCGAUUUUUUACAAACUAGAAAAAAUUUCCAAUUUUCCCUUUAAAAAAAAACGUAAUAAACGUAAAAAACGUAGUUUCUUCAGAAUCAGUCACCCUUUUUUAAAUAUUUUUUUUCUAAUCGAGAAAUCAAGAGAAACAAACAUUUGAAAUUUGUUUGUAACUCUUUUUUUUAGUCAAUGUGAUCUCGAUAACUUUUUUUUCUUUUUUAAGAGAAAAAGACGAUCCUCUGCGAUUUUUUUUUAAUUUAUUUCAAAGAGCUGCGAUUUUAUUAUUAUUAUUUUUUUUGUUGUAUAUAUAAUUGUAUAAAUUAUAUAUAUAAUAAAAAUUAUGAGAAAACGACGCUUCGGAAUUCAUUCGAGAAACUGGAAAAAGUUCUCGUUUGAUGAUGAAUAACGCGUGCGUGUCGUUAAAAAUAGAGAAAACAAAUUUUUGUUUUUCCCUUGUUUCGACACGCUUAGUUAGAAUAAUUUUGUAAAUACGUAUAUUUACCCUUCUCCCCCCCCACCCCAUUCCUCUU